AUGCGCCCCUCGCCCCGGCGCCGGCUACGCCCUGCGCCCCAGCGCCGGCACCGGCUUCUGCACCUCGGCCGUCUGUGCCCCCGCCUCGGCGCCGGCUGCUGCGCUGCGACGCCUCCCCGCUGUGCCGUCUUCCCUGCGCCGAACCCCGCUCCUCCCGUGCCUGGCCGGCUCCCGCGUUGUCAACCGGCCUCUAGCAGAGCCGAGGCGCCGGCCCGGCCACCCGUCUCCGCGCGCCCGCCGGCCCCCGCGCAGGCCGACUACUCACCCGACCGGCUUGGCCAGCUGCUGGCCCCCACCUGCCCCGUGGCCGCCUCGCGCCGGGUCUGGCCACUCCCGCAGCGGCACGCGCCCCCGCCCGGCCGGCUUCGAGCCUCUCCGCCGCCUCCGCGGGACCCGGUCGCCGGCUCCCGCGGCUUCCCAGUGACGAUGCCGACUGCGCCCUCACGCGCGGGCCCUGCCUGCCGCCGCGGCCGAGUCGCCCGAUGCCGACUCCCCGCCAGUCGGCCCCCGCACGGCCGCCUGGUCUCCCCGCCGCACGGGACCUGCCGCCGUUUCCACCCCGAGCAGGAGGCCCGCCUCUCCUCCGCGCGACAGCCCGCGUCCGGCGUCCCGCUCCUCGGCGCCGGCUGCUGCGCCCUCGCCAGCCGGCUCCCGCGCUGGCUGGCUCCCCCACAACCCGGACGUCGGCUGCUGCCGUCCCACUCCUGCCGACUGCUCAGGCAGUGA